CAAAUUAAAUUGAGGGGGGUAGCAGAAAAGAACACAUAAAAGACGGUAAAACAAAACCUUUCAAUUUUCUUAAAUUAGCAGGCUAAUGUGUUCUAAAGAGCAGCCCCACUCAGAUUCCAUCUUGGGGGGUAGCAUUUCAUCACAAUAUAAAACCGGCAGAUCCAUCAUUUCCCUCCACUCUGUGCUCCUGACUGGAGAUUGAAGGGAAAAUUAGAAGCUGUUCAUUUGGGCUUGCCAGCUCAGCAGCCCGGCUCAGUUUGCUUUCUACUCUCCGGCUGCAUCCUGUUGAAGGAGGACAAGAGCUGAUAUCUACGUGAUUAGCUUCCCUCAAAAUCCUGCUUUGAACAUUGAAGAUGGAUUAUCCCAAAAUGGAUUAUUUUCUGGAUGUUGAGUCUGCUCAUAGACUCUUGGAUGUGGAGUCAGCACAAAGAUUCUUCUACAGUCAAGGAGCUCAAGCUCGCCGGGCGACCCUGCUCCUGCCUCCCACAUUAAUGGCGGCUUCUUCGGAGGAUGACAUAGACCGGCGGCCCAUCAGAAGAGUCCGCUCCAAGAGCGACACGCCAUAUCUCGCAGAGGCCAGGAUCUCCUUUAACCUGGGGGCAGCCGAGGAAGUGGAGAGGCUGGCGGCCAUGCGUUCUGACUCGCUGGUCCCUGGUACACACACCCCACCUAUCCGGAGGAGGAGUAAGUUUGCCAACCUGGGAAGGAUUUUCAAGCCUUGGAAAUGGAGGAAGAAGAAAAGCGAAAAGUUCAAGCACACAUCAGCAGCUCUGGAAAGGAAGAUAUCAAUGAGGCAAAGCAGAGAGGAGCUGAUCAAGAGAGGGGUCUUGAAGGAAAUCUAUGAUAAAGACGGAGAGCUCUCCAUUUCUAAUGACGAUGACUCCCUGGAGAACGGACAGUCCCUGAGCUCCAGCCAGCUGUCUUUGCCUGCCCUGUCGGAAAUGGAGCCUGUACCAAUGCCCAGGGACCCCUGCUCGUUUGAGGUGCUCCAAGCUUCAGAUAUCAUGGACGGACCAGUGUCUCAAGAGAGUCCCUCUGCCAGUGAGUCUGGAGUCCUCCUGUCCCAAGAUCCUUCAGCCAAACCAGUUCUGUUCCUGCCCCCCAAAAAACCUGCUGCUUUCUCUGGAGACCAUGAGGAGACCCCAGUGAAGCAGUUGUCCCUUCUCAAGCAGCCCCCGGCCCUGCCUCCCAAACCCACUGCCCGGAUUGCCAACCACUUAACAGAUCCUGGCGCCCCUGUGAAAUUGCCUUGUCUGCCAGUGAAACUGUCGCCUCCGCUACCUCCAAAGAAAGUCCUGAUCUGUAUGCCUGUCGGAGGGCCAGAGCUCUCCCUGGCAUCCUACGCAACCCAGAAGAGCAGCCAGCAGGCCGUGGCCCAGCACCACCACACUGUCCUGCCAUCCCAGAUGCAGCACCAACUGCAGUAUGGCAGCCAUGGCCAGCACCUCCCGUCCUCUACUGGCACCUUGCCCAUGCACCCCUCAGGCUGCAGGAUGAUCGAUGAGCUCAACAAGACACUUGCUAUGACCAUGCAGAGGCUGGAAAGCUCCGAGCAGCGAGUCCCCUGUUCCACUUCUUACCACAGCUCUGGUUUGCACUCGAGCGACAGUGUCUCAAAAGCAGGACCCAUGGGCCUUCCGGAAAUAAGACAAGUGCCAACCGUUGUGAUCGAAUGCGACGACAAUAAAGAGAAUGUGCCUCGUGAGUCCGACUAUGAAGACUCAUCCUGCCUGUACGCCCGGGAGGAGGAGGAAGAGGAGGAGGAGGAUGACGAAGAUGCUGCAUUGUACACCAGCUCUCUGGCCAUGAAGGUCUGCAGGAAGGACUCCUUAGCCAUCAAACUCAGCAACAGGCCCUCCAAACGAGAGCUGGAGGAGAAGAACAUCCUCCCCAGACAGACCGAUGAGGAGAGGUUGGAGCUCAGACAGCAGAUUGGCACCAAGCUCACCAGGCGGCUGAGCCAGAGACCCACCGCAGAGGAACUGGAACAGAGGAACAUUCUGAAGCCUCGGAAUGAACAAGAAGAGCAGGAGGAGAAGCGUGAAAUCAAGAGGAGGCUGACUCGCAAGCUCAGUCAAAGACCCACGGUGGAAGAACUUCGCGAGAGGAAGAUCCUCAUCCGCUUUAGUGACUAUGUGGAGGUGGCAGACGCCCAGGACUAUGACCGCAGGGCAGAUAAGCCAUGGACGCGACUCACAGCUGCCGACAAGGCUGCCAUUCGGAAGGAGCUCAAUGAGUUUAAAAGCACUGAAAUGGAAGUCCAUGAGUUAAGUAGACACUUGACAAGGUUUCAUCGACCUUAACAGCGGGAUUACUCUCGAGUGCUCUGCUGUCUUCAAAACAUAAAUUUAUAAGAACCAUAAGUGCUGGCAUUUGUCCACUUCCCCAUUACGAUGUAAAUCUGAACUGCCUUUUUUUUUAUAAAAAAAAAAUGAAAAAGAAAAAGAAAAGAAAAAAAGGAGAAGAAGAAACAACAAAGGGAAACACAGUCAGGAUUCUGUAUGAGGAAACACCAUGAUGACCACUCCUCAGUCAAAAGCUGCUGGCACUUCCACUACCAAGAGGUGUCCCCGCCCCCAGCAGGGCCCUACCUGAACGCUGUCCAGAGACUGCCUCACCCGCCCCCCAGCCGGCCAGCAGGCACCACAUUGGUUCAGUCUUCAAUGAACCCUUCCUUGCAAGGGCCUGUUGCCUGAGUUCAAAGAAGCCCAGAACAGCGGGUUUGGCAUGGGUGUGGCUAGGCCAAAGUCAUGAUUCAGCGGGACCUAAACUUGGUCUGUCGCAUAGGCUCCACAUGAGGCAUUGAGAGGGUCUGGAAAGGGGAAAGACCUCUCAGUUCUCCCCCGCCCCCCAGUGCUCUGGGUAUAGGAAGCUGAAACUGAGCAUCUGCUUUGACCCCCAGCCGGAUCUGAACUGCCUUCCAGAAGACUGAGGAAUAGUGGCUGCCUGCUUGGUUCUCAUUCGUUGACCAGCUUGUGUUUGGAAAGCCCAGGGCCAUGGGCGAUCCACACAGAAAUGCCCUUGCUAAGAUUCCCUGCGGUAUUCAUGAGUAUGAGCUGAGCAGAGGCUGGGUGGGGUCAGGAGCUCCACUUGGCCCCCAUUUUUCAUUGGCCUUGUGACACCCCUGAGACAGGAAGAUGUGGCUUGGUCGUUUUCAUAACUUCUGGAGGCCAGAGCUGGGGAUCAAUGUCCCAGUGCCUCUCCAGGGCCUUCCACUCUUCUGUCUGUUCACUGAAGAGUUUCUGCAUCUUAGCAGAGCCAACAUCUCAGCAGGGCUAGCACUGGGCAAGAUUUUGCCAGCCAUGACUGUCUAUGGCGUCCCUUACUGCUCUUCUUACCAGAGAGAUUCAGUCUUCUCUUCUCUCCCUGCCCCCCUCUCUCAGGAUGUGCCUCCAGCUGCCCUGUUGACAGGGCCUCCAAGGGUUGGGUGCGCACUGAGGGAAGGACACCCCAGACCCUAAGGAGGCCUGCUGCAGCACUGUUUCCUUCCUAAUGGAGCUCACAGACCCUUGGGUGCAAAGCUCCGCCUCCACCCCUGCGAUGCACUCGGCUUUCAGAGUUGCCAUGGGUUCACUAAGUGGUGGCUUACUCCCCAUCCAACACACCCAGGAUUCAGAGAGUGGCAAGCCCCAAAAAGUUGUCCCCUUGUCAAACCAGUUGGGACCAUGUUACUCUUUGGACACAGCACCUAUCAGUGAGGCCAUGCAAUUUUACUCUUUGGACACAGCACCCAUUAGUGGCUUCAUGGCCAGUUGCUAACCCAGGAACCAGACAGAGUUAAAGGAAAGCUUAGAUCAGCUUCCUAGGUAGCACCGUGCAGCUCCUGGGCACUGUCUGGACCGAGUACACCUCUGUCCAGCCCAAAGACAUCACCAUCACUGGAUUUCUCUGUCAUUAUUAUUUGAAUGUCCAAAGGGGUAGGGAAAGGGUGGCAGGAUUUUAGUAUGGCUGUAAACACAGUCUUCCUGAAAGACUGACUGACCUUUGAAUGUGCACAGGGUAGGAGGAAGGGUACAGAACUCUUUCCUUGAACUUCCCUAGGGUGAAGGGUAGGCACGUGUUCUGGGUGGAGGUCCCUGCCUGGCUGGGCCCGAGGGCCUCACUUCCUCUAAACAGCAGCUGCACUUCAGGCUGCUGUAGUGUCCUGGCCUGACAGUCAGGCCUUCCCCAGCCUGGAGGAGUCCUAAGGAACUCCUUGGCUUCCCUGCUGGCCUUGGUUCUAGGGCCCUUCUGAAGUCCCAGAUGCAUCUGUCUCCCUGCUCCAAAGCAGCGGCUGCUGUCAGCAAUUCCCUUCAGCGUGCCCAGGAGUUGGCCUCCUCUUUAUACAUGGAAGAAGUUGGACACAAUGCUGACAUCACUUCCUGUGAGGCACCAUUUUGCAGAAGUCACUUGCUCAGAGUUAGGGGUGUGCUGCACAAGCUCCUAAAAGGUCACCACCUCCUUUGGGGGCAGGGGGAUCAGCUAUUUCAAGGCCCUGAUAAGUGGUUCCCGCCCAGGCUCUGCAGCCUCCCCAGCUGUGGGAAGGUACUUUCCCUCUCCUUCUAAGAUCCUGGAGUCUUUAGGGAGCCGGAACCACAUUUUCCCCCACUUUGUUAGGACAACUGAAGUGACUUGAACUGUUUCUAAAGGUGACAAGUUGACAUUAAUUGGGGGAUGAAAGGCUAGCUAGGUGACUUUAAACAUCCCUCUCUGAAACAGCUGCAGUCCUCAAGUGAGUUCAUCUUGAGCCUAUAUAUCCGCAUCUGAGCACCGUGGGGUGCGGGUUCACAGGAAGGGAAAAUGUGAAACAUGUCAAACCUUGUUUUCUUCUCAAAAGCAAGCGUUGCUGAAAGCCCCGUCCGUCCCAGCUCCACUUCCCUGGCAGAAGAGCCUGCCACUGGCAAACGGGCUUUUCCAAAAUCCUGAUCACUCCUUCCCCAGGCACCCUGAGAGCCCUGCCAGGUUUUCAGAAUAUGAGCCUUUCUGCCAGAUAGAGAAACCAAACAAGGCGCUGGUCCGCGCGAGGAGGCGCUCUGAGUUUCUUUUUUUCCUCCCGCUUAUAAACAUGUGUUUGUACUUCCAGAAUGAGCAUCGUGGUGUGUCGCUUCGACGAAUGGGAUCCCAGGCUCUCCCUGUGCAGUCAGUGGGCAGGGGUCACCUUCGAUGACUUCUUCCUCACAUGAAUCUGUUCCUCCCCAAGCAGGUUGCUUUCUUCCAGUCGCUUCCUGGUGUCUGUACAUAGUUCGUCUUUGUAUAGGAGUGAGUGUGGUGACCGUCGACCCCAUGCCCUUCAGGGCUCUAACUUAACAGAUGACGGCUGUAUGAGGAAGAUGCUGUACAUAGAAUAUAAACUAAGCUGGAUCUCUGUGGCCUAGGUUUUGUACAUACAGAAACUGCAUGGCAUUUAAGUUAUUGUUUCUCUCUGAUGAUGUAUGCAGUUUCUUUAAAAACAAACCAAAAGAAAAAAAAUGUUUAAAAAAAAA